AUGGCAGGAAUCGAAGGUCACGAUUUCCACAGCGAGAUGGAGGACCCGAUUUCUGCGAUAGUUCCGGCCAUCGACGGCCGAAGCAGCGCCGGCACAGAGGAUGAUUUGGAGGAUGAGCUGCGCGGAAGGGCGACCAUCCGCUCUAAAGCUUUGCGGGACAUCCUUCUGAAGCCGGUCGCGGAACGAACCCGCGAGGAGGUGGAUGAGGUCUUCCAUGCCGUAGACAAGCUGCAGGUUGCGUUCCUUGCGAAUCUGGACAAGGAUGCCAAGCGAGCGAUAUGUGAGCGCUUAAAAUGGGAGGAGUUCGAGAAGGACUCUCUGAUCUUUGACUACGGGGCGGAAGGGGACAAGCUCUACCUGAUCUGGAGCGGAACGGUGGAACUGAAGGUUCCCAAGGAGCGGGCCGAAGGUUCGACGAUGCUCCACUGGGCGAAACCGAUGAGGCUGGAGCCUGGAAAGGUGUUUGGUGAGAUCGCGCUGAUGAGCGAGGAUUGCAAGAGGAAGGGACGGUGUACCGCCCUGAAGCACUCCGAACUGCUCUCGCUUCAUCGCCACGACUUUCAGACUGUCGGCGUGUCCCAGGAGAGUGGUGUAAGGGAGCGAGCUGCCUUCCUCCGCUGCGUGGAGGAGGGUCUCCUCGAGGACAUGUCUUACGUGGAUUUGCAGGCCAUGGCCGGCAACCUGACGGAAAAAAGCUACGUCGGUGAGCACGAGAUCCUUCAACAGGGCGCUGAGGUGGACCGGGUCAUCUUCGUGAAGAGCGGCUUCUGCAAGUUAGUACGGCAGCUUCACCCCAAGUGUACCGAGAUGUUCUGCCGUUACGCCCAUUAUGGCGACCCCAUGCCGAACCCUUUCGCGGCGGGGGAGGAAGGCCUUCGCGUGGGGCAGAAGGGGGUCUGGCCCGACCAGCAUCAGCGGAAGAGGCGGCCAAAGAAGUCGGAGGACAGUUCAGCCAACGCUGAAGCACCCUUCAGCAUCAAGUCCCUGGCGGGCCAUCAGAUGCUCAAGAAGGUGAUGCCCCUGGUUGAAAAGACCGAGGAGGCAGAGGAGACCAGCCCAGCAGGGGAGAAGCGGCCCCGCUUCAGGACGGACACCAACAGCAGCUCCUCUGCCGAGGCUCCGACACCGCAGGACAGUGGGCCUGCGGCCGGCCAGAGCUUGCAAGUGGUGGUGGAUAUCAUCUCCAAAGGAAGCUCCGUGGGUGUCAUGGAGUUGAUGGAAGGCCUCACUUACCAAUGCACUGUGAUCUCAGCUCCGCUGGCAGAGAUUUACUCCAUUUCCAAGUUCGACUUCAUCAGGGCCCACAAGACCAUCACGCACCGGCUUUUCUGCAACUACAAGGCCCGCUUGUCAGACUCGCAGCUGAUAUGGCGGCUGGUGCAGAAAUACAGGUGGGACCACUACAAGAAAGGCCUUCUGUCGGAGAUCAGAUCCUGGCACAGCUCGGCAAGCCGCGGAAUCAUCGACAGGGAAGAUCCCGCCCCGAUGACCGGCGGCAGCUCCUUGGGUGAUGAGACCUGCCUUCGUGUCGGCCGUGGCGACAAGCUCUGGGACGCGCGAGCACAGACACCGCCAAAUGCGACCUACGAUCCCGACCGAGCGGUCAAGCAGAUCUUCCACGUGGAGUGCACGAGAGACGAGGACGGCAAGCCCGUCGUCACGGUCGAUCGCGAGCAGCGGGAUGCUUCCAUGGAUGACUUCGAGCGGAAGCUGCAGGACACCAUGGCAACCGCCCGGUACAGAGACAAGCUCCGCAGGACGGCGAAGAACGUGGCCGCUGGUGCGGAGGUGGAGAACGGCGCUUCGAAGGCCGGCCCGAAUGCUGUGGCCUUGACGCAGGAGCUCGAGGAAGCGGCAAAGAAGACCCUAGAGGAGUACCAGCAGGUCCAGAAGGAGCGAAUCGAGGGACUGCGUCAAGCAGCGAGGGACAAGGUGAAGUCCGAGAAGGCACUCAACCAACCCAGACGCUCUGCGAGGCCGACGUUGCGGAAAAAUCAAGCCAGACAGGACUUCGCAGGUCCAGCGAGUGCCAGGGGUCCAACCAGCCCGAGGGAUAAACGAGCGACGGUGGCUGUUCCGGGCUCACCAGAGCCCGGAUCCGUUUCCUUGCCCGCCGUCCGUAAAAUUCGGAGUAUCCCGUCCAAAUUGCAGCCGGGAGAUCCAAGGCCUUCGUCAACCUCGCCGAUACCCUCACCCAGAAGUUCAAGAAGGUCACGCCAAUCUGGGUCUCGCGAAACAGGCGGGUGA